CAUUUGCUGUGAUUGACACAGUGAGAUGGUGUGCAUUUCACUCGUGAUCCUUCAGCGAUCAUUGGUGCGUCACCCCGUAGCCAUCUGAGGGGGGACAGCCACAGAUCAGUUUCAAAUACCCCGUUGCUUUCAUUGCCAAAGGCAAACUAACCUAACUUGCCAUCAAGGAGUCUGCAGACACCAACCUUGAGAGGGACAAAGCAGCAGAUGAAGAGAGCUCACCGACUCAGUACCAAAACCUGAACUACUGUGCCUCCAUCAAAACCUGGUCAACGCUUCAUCCCAGCUCAUGACUGGCAUCCUCCUCCCACACCUGGUCCCUGCUUUUACUCAACGUCUCACUCACUCCUCAGCAGCAGCACCGGACAUCUCCCAGAUCCAGCAGAGCCUCAGCAGUAGUCUUCAGAGCUGGUUCUUCCUGAAAAGACAUGAAGAUACUUGGGCACGUUGCCUUUUUGCUUUUGCUCGGGGGAAUCUGGGCUCAGAACAAUCGAAAUGUCAAGCCCGGCGGAAAAGCCGCGAAGAAGGCCGGUGGGGUCCAGGGAAGCGAUGGUGCCCAGUCCCCCUCCGUGGUCAACAUGACUCCUGGAAGCCAAGGAGGCAGCAGGAGCAGCGGAGGGCCAGCCGGGUCAGGACAGGAGGGGGGCACUGCGGGAGCUCGAGCAGCUGGACAGCAGACAGAUGAUAUGAGGCUGCACUUCCUGAAGAACACCCAAGUUACAUGCAAUGAUGGAACAGCAGCUGGGUUUUACCUCAAAGAGUUCAGAGGAAGCCGCAAAUGGCUGUUAUUUCUUGAAGGUGGCUGGUGCUGCUACAGCAAAGAGACCUGUGAUUCCAGGUACCAAAAUAUCCCACGACUAAUGAGCUCAUCAGGGUGGCCCCAGACUAAAAGAGGAAGUGGAAUAUUGUCUUCACAAGCAGAGGAAAAUCCACACUGGCACAAUGCUAACAUCGUAUUCAUACCAUACUGUUCAAGUGAUGUAUGGAGUGGCACCGGCCCGGCCCCAACACCACCUCCAAGGCCACGUCAGGGCAAAGACAAAGUCAGAGACAGAACCACAAAUACAACCGACUAUACUUUCAUGGGAUCCCUCAUCAUCCUUGAGGUCAUCAAAGAUCUCGUUCCCAAAGGAAUCAAACAGGCCAAGGUUGUCAUGCUAUCCGGCACAAGUGCUGGUGGGACGGGUGUCUUGCUGAACAUCGAGAGGGUUGCCAGUCAGCUGCAGCAGCUUGGCGCGGAGGCUCAGGUCCGGGGUCUGGUGGAUUCUGGCUGGUUCCUUGAAAGCAAGCAGCAGAGAUCGCCCAACUGCCCCGAGACCGUUUCCUGCUCACCUGAAGACGCCAUCAAGAUUGGACUCCGACUGUGGAACGGGGUGGUCCCUGACAGAUGUCGACAGCUCUACAAGAGAGGGGAGGAAUGGCAGUGCUUCUUUGGUCACAGACUAUACUCCACCUUGACCUCCCCGCUGUUUGUUGUCCAAUGGCUGUUUGACGAAGAGCAGCUGAGAGUGGAAAACAUCUACAUGGGAGGACGGAGUCUCUCUGAGGCGCAGUGGCAGUACAUACAGAACCUGGGCUUAGAGAUAAAAAAUUCUCUGAGAGAUGUCACGGCUGUUUUUGCACCUUCCUGCCUCUCCCACACAGUCAUAACCAAAAGUAACUGGAUGAGUUUCCAAGUAAAAGGCACCUCUCUGCCACGGGCCUUACACUGCUGGGACAGAAAUCUGGAGGCAAUUCGCAACAACAGAACCCCCGCUAAAGGCUGCCCUUUCCACCUGGUGGACACCUGCCAGUCGCCCCAGUGUAACCCCACCUGUCCAGCUUUGGUGGACCGGGCCACCCAGCAGGAGCUUACUCUGCUCCAGAUGCUGGUAGCCAUGGGCCUUGACCUCCAGAGGCUGGGAGUGGAUCCCCAGGGGGAAGCAGAUUCUUUGGCCAGCAUGGGCAGCAACGGUGGCUAAGAGUACAAAAGGAGGGAAAUUAGCUGAAGGGCUGAAUAUAUGAGAAAAAUGUGUUGAAAAUUUAAUGUAACCAUAGAAAUUCUUUAGAAAUCUGGUUACAAUGUCUUGUGCUGCUCAGCAUUCCGUUAUGCUCCACAUGUUUGUUACAUCUGUGACUAGGCUGGUGGGUAUGUCACUGCAUCUGGAUUUGUGUUGUUUAGCAGGCCCUCUUCAGGACACAAGAGGAAAGAGUUUGAACUGCAGCCAUUUCAACUGUAAGAAACAAAGAGUUUUGAGCUUUGGCAGAUGGCUAGACAUAACCCGCAGCACACUUUCCUCCUGAUCACUCUAACUUACAACACCAGAGCACCAUGGCAGAGUUUUCUGCAAAAAGUCCAGCAAAAUAGCAGAGGUACAAAAGUUUAGUUUAAAAAAAGAAAACAAAAAAAUCCACCACAGUUUUCAACUAUUUAUCUGAUAUAAAUUGAGAAUUUUCAAACAAUAGCAGACAAAUGGGAUUGGUCAGAUUCCUCAAUAUAAUGUAUAAUUAAGAAGAAAAAUAAUGGAAAGUGUUAAUGAGUAGUUUCUAUAUAUUAAUAUUCACCUCACAUGAAGAAUUAGCUGUGUGUCUUCUAUGCAUGAUAAAGGAAAUUGCGAUUAGUUAAUAUAUUUUCUUUGAAGGAGAGCUUUCUGACUAUAUGUUAUUGAAUAGACCAUACUCUACAAUAAUGAAAGUAAGUAUUUGACUGUGAAAUUGUUUUCACAAAAAUAAAAAACAGACAGAUAAACAAAUAUAGAAGCUGUGGUUAUUUACUGAUCAGUUAUGUUAAUUAAUAUAAUACAAGUUAUUGGUAUUCAUCUUAUUUGUUGUCAAACACAUGCUUUUCCUUAUAAUGCAAUGGUAGAUUUGCCUUGCAUUUACAUAUACAUUGUAUUUUUCUGUUUAACGACUGAUGUACACAUUAAAACAUGGAAUAAAAAUGUUAACUCUG